GAAGUUGAGGACAAAGUCGUAGUUGCUGAGAUGCAGGAGAAGAUGGCCACAUUGGAGUCCAGGGUGUCCGACCUCGAGAGAUCGAGUAACAAACUCAAGAAGCUGGCGCUGGCCGCCAUCAGUGUGGCUCUAGCUGACGAUGGAGAGACCUGUUCAGAGGCAGAGGCACUAGGUGUCCACAACUUGAUGAAAGGUUUUCCAGCUAUGACUUUGAGCACAGCCCAGUCACAACCCACCACCAGUCUUCACCAGUACUGUGACGAUUUAGGUACAUCCAUCAAACCAGCGCUCUCUUGUAACCAACUCAAACUGUCGUGUAACAAACCAUCUGGGGUUUACUGCUUAGACAAUGGAUACUUCACAGAGGUUUUCUGUGAGAUGGAUUUGUUUGGAGGUGGAUGGGCCCGCUACGGUCAGGCGGAGAAACAGAACGUGUGGAACUUCGUUGACGAAGACAUGAUUGAAGUACGGCUCCAGGUCAUGCAGCCCGCAGAGCUCAAGGAAAUGAUCGACAUGAAGUACAAUACAUUCAAGAUACAUACAGACGUCACAUUCAGCAUGCAGGCGGACGACAGCACGAAUCCAUCCCGUGUCAAGGCCCGUGUCCUCCCCUGGUUCAACCGAGCUGCCUUCUACAUCGAUGGGUUUGGAGAGAACUUCACCAAGCUUCAGUUUCUACCUGGAGGUAAUCGGAUAACGUGUCGUAACAUACGCGGCACAUCACACAAAUGUGGAUGGGGUGAAGUUCCAAGACCCGAUGAGGCUUCGGACCAGGUCCUGAUCGAGUCUGUCUACUUUGGUCCAAGGUCUUCGUCAAACGGUGCCAUGACGCACAUGGGGUCCUGGCAGGCGAACAAAUACACGUGGAACGGAUCCUACUAUUUCGUCUACGCAAAAUAAUUUCAUUGUAUCCGAAAUAUGUAGGCCUACAUUUUGUUUGUUUAAUUUUGUUUUGUUAAUUUGUUACGUACAUCUCCUGUUUCUACUUAUGCAACAUUUAGUUUGAAAGGCAUCAAUCAACCAAUUAUUUCGAAUCAUAUUUGAUGAAAAUGUGUAGCAACGCGUACGUAAACUGUUCAUCUUACAAAUUAGAGAAUAUUACAUUUCCCCUCAAAGUAUGGUAAUUAAUUAAUAAUUCCUUACGUUCACUGUGUAACUUCUACUGUGGUUCAACAUUAAUC